CCGUGACCUAAAUUUGGCGCAUGCGCCGGAUGGGACUGCUGGAUUAAAAACCAUGGCGUGGAUACCAGCAGAGUCUGCAGUAGAAGAGUUGAUGCCCCGGCUGUUGCCAGUGGAGCCCUGCGACUUGACAGAAAGUUUUGAUCCCUCCGUACCCCCGAGCACGCCUCAGGAAUACUUGAGGCGGGUCCAGAUUGAAGCAGCUCAAUGCCCAGAUGUUGUGGUAGCUCAAAUUGACCCAAAGAAGUUGAAAAGGAAGCAAAGUGUGAAUGUUUCUCUUUCAGGAUGCCAGCCUGCUCCUGAAGGAUAUUCUCCCACACUUCAGUGGCAACAACAACAAGUGGCACAGUUUUCAUCUGUUCGACAGAGUGUGAUCAGACAUAGAAGUCACUGGAAAUCACAACAGUUGGACAGUAAUGUGACCAUGCCAAAGUCUGAAGAUGAAGAAGGCUGGAAAAAAUUUUGUCUGGGUGAAAGGUUAUGUGCUGAAGGGGCUGUGGGACCAGCUACAAGUGAAGGUCCUGGAAUCGAUUAUGUACAAAUUGGUUUUCCUCCCUUGCUUAGUAUUGUUAGCAGAAUGAAUCAGGCAACAGUAACUAGUGUCUUGGAAUAUCUGAGUAAUUGGUUUGGAGAAAGAGACUUUACUCCAGAAUUGGGAAGGUGGCUUUAUGCUUUAUUGGCUUGUCUUGAAAAACCUUUAUUACCUGAGGCUCAUUCACUGAUUCGGCAGCUUGCAAGAAGGUGCUCUGAAGUAAGACUCUUAGUGGACAGCAAAGAUGAUGAGCGGGUUCCUGCUUUGAAUUUAUUAAUCUGCCUGGUUAGCAGGUAUUUUGACCAACGUGAUUUAGCUGAUGAACCAUCUUGAUGUAGUUGAUCUCUCAGGAAUGGAAGAUACUGGUGAUGAAGGCAGCCUGAGUCUGAGGAUAUACAGUGACAACUCAAGUAUCUUCACUAUUUGAAGGAUCUUCAUCAUAACCUGUGCAUCUCAACUUGAUAUUCAGAAGAUAAAUUGCAUUGCUUUGAAUAUCCAAAGUAUCUUUGGAAAAUCCCAGCGAGUUUUUGAUGAAUAGUUUAAACAGUUUUCUGUAAUCACAUGCUUUUAAAACAAAUUGAGUACCAUUUAUUGGUGAAGCAUCCUGUACAGAAACUGUAUGGUAAAUUGUACAGAGGAGCUGUUUCAUUGUGUUUUUACAUAUAUACACAUGAACUUU